AUGGAUCCGACUGUCAGCUUCGAUGCACUGUUUCGGGCAGCCUUCCUCCAAGUUGUUGUUGUUGUCGUGGCGGGUUGGCUGUGCGUGACCUUUGGUUUUCCGUUCGUUGCUCGCCUGUUUCGGGCUGCUUUUCCUGAAAAUAAGGCAGCAGCUGCAGUUCCCAUCAACUCCACCGACGCAGGGCCGCCAACCACUGCCGCACUUCAAGAUCGUGCUUCCUCUACAGUGCGAAACAGCCGACGCGAGCCUCAUAAUCCUGAUCAGAAUUCGAGGCUUGUAGAGAUCAAACUCAAUAGUGGCGGUGACUCUACGACAGUGAGAAGCUACAGAGACAAGAUUCACCGGGUUGAAUUGCAGAAAUACCAGACCAAAUGUGUUGUAGUCGCCAAGUACCAGUAG